UGCGCUGCGAUUGGUCGGUGUUUUCAACCAAUAGGAGUGACGGAUUCAGCGGAAUCGUGUGAAGUCGGAUUCGUUCGGGUGUUGUCGCGCCCGAAAGGCCGGCAUCUUCUGUGCUGGACCAGUCUUUGCUGACUUGCGUGGACGCGAGCACGCCCGUGUCCUGUGCGACGCGCUACUGAGUGUGUGGAGUGUCAUUCCCCGGGUGUACGACGGCCCUCGGAUGUUCUAGGAUCUAGGAGGAGCUCCAGCUGAUCUAUGAUACAAGUCUCUUGUUUCGGACACUACAACAUCACGCCGAUAGGAAUGAAGACAGAGCAGCGGAUGUGCGCCGCGUGCUCAGAGCCCAUCACAGACAAGUACCUUCUUCAGGUCAAUGGAAGGUCCUGGCACGCUCACUGUCUGCGCUGCUGCGUCUGUCAGCUGGCUUUAGAUCGCCAGCCCUCCUGCUUUAUCAAGGACGACUCUGUCUACUGCAAGGCGGAUUAUGCCAAAAGUUUCGGUGCCAAGUGCUCCAAGUGCUGCCGCAGCAUCUCGGCCAACGACUGGGUACGGAAGGCACGCGACCAUGUCUACCACUUGGCGUGCUUCGCGUGCGACGCGUGCAAGCGACAACUCAGCACGGGCGAGGAGUUCGCACUACAUGACGACAGAGUGCUCUGCAAAGCGCACUACCUGGAGACCAUUGACGGCACCACCACAUCGUCUGACGAAGGUGGAGACUCGGAGAGCUAUCACAGCAAGAGCAAAGCCAAGCGAGUGCGAACAACCUUCACAGAAGAGCAGCUGCAGGUGCUUCAAGCCAACUUCCAGUUAGACUCCAACCCAGAUGGUCAGGAUCUGGAGCGCAUUGCACAGAUCACCGGCCUCAGCAAGCGAGUCACCCAGGUUUGGUUCCAGAACUCUCGGGCGCGACAGAAGAAACAUCUGAACACCGGCAAGAUGAAGUCAUCUCACUGUCAUGGAGCUGGGAUGGGUGGAGGCAGAGAGCUAGAGCCCGGUCAGUUUGGUCGACAUAUCAAUCUACACCUCACGUACUCACUGCAGCAACAGUCUAAAGUAUCGCACAUCUACUCAUCUCACCUUCCAAUGUCCGAACCUUCGUCUCUGGAUGAGUUGUCUCAAGACUCCAUGCUCAUGUGUACCUUGCGAGGAGAGGGGGUAUGAGAAGACGCAAGGACGGGGGAUCCCGAAAACGACCUGCCCCCGUCCUUCAAGCACUCUCCUUCAUAACCUCCUGGACAUAAACUUGCAAUGUGUUCAGAUUUUUUUUUUGGGGGAGGCAUGAAAAAUUGUUGUUAAAAAGCAUUGCGAGAAGUCAAAUUGCUUUGUUUAACAAUUGUCGAGGUCACAAAAUAAUAUAAUAUGCAUUUUUUUUGUCAUUGAAAUGUUCAGCAGUCAAUUUGAAGGUGUUGAGAUUUACUAAACCUUAGGAGGCAUGAGAAAUUAAACAUUUUUAACCCUUCGAGUGCCACGCAACGAUAUUUUGUUUUGCACAACACAUCUAAAAAAUACUUCACAACGAUAUAUCGUCGUGGUAGUCUUACCGAAAAAUACAUUGCAACGAUAUAUCGG